UUGUGCUUCGUGCGGCUCUGGGAGUUUUGUCUUUAUUCAACCUUGCAUGAUGGGUCCAGAUAAAUGUGUAAAUAUCUGACUUUACUCCAGUCUGUUUGCAGCUCAGAGAGCGUAGUGUGUAUCCAUGGCUCUUCCUCUUCCUGUGGAUUCAUGAGGAAUGAGAUCAGGCUCGUUUUUCCUCCUCGGUUCCUCUUCAGUGUGUGUGUGUGAUUAUCAUAAUACCGUCCAAAAUGCUGAUAUGUUUAUACGUUACACUAGUUCUUACAAAAGACAAAUUGUCUUCUAUUUACCACGGCGACAGCAGCUGCUCCGACUGUCUCGUAAAGUUCAUGGUUCAGAUGAAAAUGCAAAUGUUUGCAUUCAGUUCAGCGCAGGUGUUAAGGAAUCUGUAAUCUGAAAUGCAAAACAAGCUUGCAAGAUUUCACUGAGUGUCAGUUUUCCACCUCAGAGGUGUGAUUUUUAAGGCCUGGGCCCGGUUUGUGUGUCAGUGCGAGGAGAAGUGAUAGUCACAAUUGAUGAGUUUAUGAAGUGGCAACAAAUUCACAAGAGCAAAUCAUAACCAGAGAAGGCAGCCCGGAUAUAUGUAGGGGCUAAUAAUCCUCUGCCUGUCUCGGAGGCGUGAAUUAAUAUUUGGAAAGAAAUAUCUCUGCAAAAAUCUUCACUCUUUAGCAACUUAAAUCCACUUCAUCUGUUGCAUCUUUUCAUCCACUUCCAGAAGAUUUUGUCCCACCACGUUGGUUUAAAUUUAGUUUGUCAGUAUCUGCAUGUGCUACAAUUUUAAUGCUUUGUCUCAAACCAUGAGACGGGUGUUUUGGCCAGACGGGGUAGUGUCAGGUGCUCCACAUUUCUGACGUGACGUGUGGCUGAGGAGACUAAGUUUAGACAGUGAGUGCAUUCACUCCACCUCUUCAGAAACUGAAAAGGUGGAGCAGCUACUCAGCCAGUAACAGAUGUGUGAAAAAAAGUUUUUAAAAAAGCCCUAAAAUAAAUGCGUGUUUAAUUGUAGCUGCGCUCUGAGAAUUUUAUAAAGAUCCGACCUUUUAUUUAUGGGGAAAAAAAUCCAGGUUAAGAAAUAAUUUAAACAAAAACUCAAGUAGAAAGGAUUAGUCGCCCUCGGUAAUAAAAUGCUAACUGUAAUUUACUAAAAACAUCAGUAAAAUAAAUAAAUUGCUACUUUGGCUAACCAUGUGUACGAUGGUCUAAGUCAGACAUGGGCAAACUACGCCCCCCGGCCAUAUACGGCCUGUUAGGCUUUUUAAUCCGGCCCGCCGAACUUGUCCAAAUUAUAGUAAAAACCCAUGGAUGUGUAAAAUCCUUUCAUUUCCCUUUCCCCUGCAAUACCCUCGUUUCCCCGAUAGAUGGCGCACUAGUCUAGACACACUUUCCAGCUGCCAUUUCCCCCCUUCAGUAAAAAUGAGCGGACCAAAGAAAAGAAAAGUGGACACUGAGUGCCGAGUGUUUAAAAAGGAGUGGACAACAAUUUUUUUUUUCCUGAUGUCCGAUCAACGGCUGUAUGUCUGAUAUGCCAAGAAACGCAAUGCAGUUUUCAACGAGUACAAUAUCAGCUGUCACUUUGCCACAAAGCAUGCUAACUCCGCUAGCAAGCUGUCAACACAAGAACGGGCGGCUACUGCUCAGAGGUUGGCAGCUAAUUUACAGACUCAGCAGAAUUCUUUUCACCGACAAACUGCGAUCCAGGAGUCAAGUACCAAGGCAAGUUUUUUGCUGGCAUUCAAGUUAGCAAAGGCUAGCAAGCCUUUAUCCGAAGGCGAGUUUUUGAAAGAAUGCAUGGUAGACACAGCGGAUUUCUUGUGUCAGGAUAGCAAAGGCAAGUUUGAAAAAAUCAGCUUGUCACGCAGGACAGUGACUCGGCGUGUGGAACUGAUUGACGAAGAUAUAGUCAGCGAGUUAAACAAAAAAAGCGGAGUCCUUUAAUGUAUAUUCACUAGCACUGGAUGAAAGCAACGACACGAAAGACACUGUUCAGCUCCUAAUUUUUAUCCGAGGGAUAAAUGACAGUUUUGAGAUAACGGAGGAGCUUUUGAGCAUGGAAUCGCCAAAGGGUGAAAACGCGAGGAGAGGACUUAUAUAAACAGGUGUCUGCUGUCAUCGAGAGAAUGAAGCUGCCUUGGAGUAAACUUGCCGGUGUCACCACGGAUGGAUGGCCAAAUUUAACUGGAAAAAACGUCGGGUUGCUGAGGAGACUCCAAGAUAAAGUGAAAGAAGAAAACCCUGACCAGGAUGUUAUUUUUCUUCACUGCAUCAUUCAUCAAGAAUCUCUGUGUAAGUCUGUAUUGCAGCUUAAUCAUGUCGUGGAUCCAGGUGUAAAACUUGUUAACUUCAUACGAGCAAGGGGACUUAAUCACCGUCAGUUCAUUGCGUUCCUAGAGGAAACCGAUGCGGAUCACCAGGACUUACUUUACCACUCUCGUGUCCUCUGGUUAAGUUUGGGGAAAGUGUGCCAACGAGUGUGGGAGCUCAAAGAGGAGAUUCGUUCGUUUUUGGAGCUAAUGGGGAAAUCCGACGAAUUCCCUGAGCUGAGCGAUGAGGACUGGCUUUGUGACUUUGCGUUUGCUGUGGACAUAUUGUCACACAUGAAUGAGAUGAACGUUAAGCUGCAGGGGAAAGAUCAGUCUGUGCACGACGUACACAAAUGUGAGAGCCUUCAAAUCCAAGCUGAUCUUAUUCUCCAGGCAAAUGUCAAACAAACCUUUCGCUCAUUUUCCCAUACUCGUCGGUUCUGCCGUCGGUUCACUGAUUUUGAAAAAAAUUGAAAAGUCACUUCAGCUGGUGUCCUGUCCCCUGUCACAAGACCCCGAAACAGCACCGCAUGAGCUACAAUUGGAGCUGAUCGAUCUUCACUCUGACUCCAUCUCAAAAGAGAAGGUCAGAUCUCUUAAACUGAGUGACUUUUACGCUUCACUCAACGAAGCCACUUUUCCAAACCUCCGGAGGACGGCACAGAAGAUGCUGGCAUUGUUUGGCUCGACCUACGUGUGUGAGCAGACGUUCAGCGUCAUGAACAUCAACAAAGCCCGUCAUAGAUCCCGGUUAACUGACCUACACCUCAGAUCUAUUCUGAGAAUUGCCACAACGAAACUAACUCCAGACUUUGAUGCACUGGCAAAAAAGGGAGAACAACAACACUGUUCCCAGUGAAAUCAUAAUAGCACGGCCGUUGGACAACACAGAGAAGAAGGGUCUUCCGGUGGGUGCCCAGCUGCCAGGCAAUGUGCAAGCUGGACCUCAGCUGCCGAACCAGCUCCUCCUGACUCCAGCAAGCCUUCAGCUCGCUCAGCUCCAGGCCCAGCUCACCCUCCAUCGCCUCAAACUGGCUCAGGGAGGAAACACGGCCAACGCCACCAGCGUUCUCAACCAGUUGAUUUCCAAUGUCAACAUGUCCCAGCCCCUGUUGAAUCAAUUAAGGAGUUCGUCUUUGGUCGGGAAUCCACAGGGGGCCUUCCCCACUGGGGUGAUUGGUUUCCCCUCCUCAAAUUCAGCCGUUGGGUCAUUGGUGGGUGGGGCAUUCAACCAAAACUCAGGGAAUGUGCGACUGGAUCAUCCUUGUGGAGGGGGUGGGAAGGGUCAACAAGGUGGGGAGUACGGAAAAAAUCCUGGAUCAACUUACUCUUCUGACACCGACAGACGUCUUCAGUACAGCUUAUCUGGAGGAACAUCUGCUGACGGACAGUACGCUGGGAUUAAAUCUCAGGCCAAGAACAUGACCAAUGUUGGCUUUCACAGAGAUUUCUACGGGCAUGAAUUGCAGGGACAACCAGCUGGGUUUAGUUCCAAUGAGCAAAUGAACUCCACCGCACAUAAGGAGCAAUGGAAAGGCCAUAAUAACUUAAACCAAAUUGGAAAGGUGAACAUGGCUUCAAACCCUCCCACAGCAUGGCCUUCAGCUGGGCAGCCCAUUUGGUCCAGAACAGAACUGUACAACCCAGAAGAGCCGACCCCCGAGCCCAAGCUGAACUGUAGCGGGGUUUCCUCUUUCGGCACACAGGGCUUCGGAAGCUACCAGACCCUGCAUGGGGGCGAGGAAACCCUGUUGUCGGGUACCAGGACACUCCAGGCCCAUCAAGUCAGUGACUUUUAUGGCAUCACACCUUCCCAGCUGCCACAUCAGUGCAGCAUCUGUGAAAAAAAGGUCUACAACCUCAAGGACUGGGACCAGCAUGUGAAGGGGAAACUACAUUUGCAGAAUCGAACUUUGUACGCCACCGACAGCUCAGCGGCAGCGGCCGGAGCCCCACAGUACGCCGUCGGCAGGCCGUGUGAUGGAGGUCUGAACCCAGGAGGGACGAACCCCACGGUUUGCUCCGGCGCAAGUCAAGAUGUGUCGCCAGGAACCAAAGCGUCGUACCUGCCAGCAGGAGCCAUGAAGACGUAUCCCACAGCAGACGCAGCGUUUACCCCCCAUCAGCCGGAGUCAAAGCCGUUUCCCCCCCGGAAGGCGUCGGCCGGCCGCGUCGUUCACAUCUGCAACCUGCCCGAGGGCAGCUGCACGGAGAAUGACGUCAUCAACCUGGGAAUACCGUUCGGGAAGGUCACCAACUACAUCCUGAUGCGCUCAACCCAUCAGGUGCAACAUGCCUUUCUGGAGAUGGCGUAUGUUGAGGCAGCUCAGGCCAUGGUUCAAUACUAUCAACUGACUCCUGCCACAAUUAACGGUCAGAAACUCCUCAUACGGAUGUCUAAGAGGUACAAGGAGCUGCAGCUCAAGAAACCCGGUAAAGAUGUUCAGUCAAUCAUCCAGGAUAUCACUUCACAGCGGGAACGGGAUAAAAUGCAAGAACUUGAACACUACCUUCCAGACAGAGCUCGUUCUCGCAGCCCCAUCAGUCGCUCUCUGAGUCCUCAUUCCCACAGUCCCAGUUUUACGUCGUGCAGCUCUGCCCACAGCCUCCCGGCGGCUCCGUGCCGGGGUCAGGACAGGGGCAGCAACGGCCUGAGCCCUCACCGGGGCUCCAGAGACUGGCCGUCGCACCUGAGACGAGGGGAGGAUGAGAGGGAGCGGGACGAUCCCUGGAGGGGCGGCGGCGGCGGCAGCGGCGGCGGCAUGGACGACAAUCGACCCAACGGGAGGACGGCCGACCGACGGAAGAGCUACCACAAACACUUGGGUCACUUGAGGUCUGCAGACGAACGCGGAAGCGGCGAAACGACAGGGACGAGGAGCAGCAGCAGAGACUGGCACCCACGGGACAGCCCUCUGGGCUCGUCUUUCAACUCUUACAGGGGCAUGGACGAAGAUUUCAACAGGGCAUCUCACUAUCGGCAUGACACAAAGCCGAGGAGGAGGGACGGCGACCACCCGGUUCGGUCAAGACACUCUGAGUUUGAGACGACGGACGAGCCGCGGUGUCGAACGCCGGAGGACAAGAGGCGGAGCAAAAACCCGAGCAGGAGGAACACCGACAAACAGGAGAGAGAAACUGCUCCCGAAAGUACUGACGCCACGUCCAAAGAAAAAUCUGUUUUGCCACAACAAAGCAACAAGUCAAAAGAGGCGGCUGAAAAUGACAAAGACAGAGAAACUGAGAAAGUGCUGGAAAGUGCCGAAGACACGGAUGAAGAAUGUUGGUAUCCUAAAAACAUGGAGGAGCUGGUCACGGUGGAUGAAGUGGGAGGGGAGGACGACUGCAUCCUUGAGCCAGAUCUCUCUGAGCUCGAGGAGUUUACUUCCUGUCACAAAGAGCCGACGGCAGAACAGUCGCAGCAGAAGCACGCGUCUCCAUCGACUCCGGCAGUGGAGGAGCACAAAGAAUCCGACGAGAAACCUGAACGGGAGGACUCCUUUGAGGAGACGAGGGGCGAGGCGUCGGCAUCCGAAGCUGAGAAAGCAGAAGAUCAAGUCGCUGCGCCAAGUACUGAAACCGAGAAAGUGAAUUUAGGAAGUACAGAGCAAAAAGUGGCAGACAUCAGUGGCUUCCCCAGUGAGGAGUUUAAAGCAGCGCUGGAGGAGACGUGCUUGGAGAGCGCCAAGCUUCCCAACAACACGGCGCCGGACGAGCCAAUGGAAAAUCAUAUCUGUUUGCCAGAGGACAGCAGAAGCCAGGAAGAAACUCCAGAUAAAAUCCCUCUGGACGUUCGGCUGAAGGAUGGCAGCCUGAAAAGAGAGAUCGAAGCCCCCUCAUCAUCUCUAGAGCAAGACAAAGCUGUCAGUGAACACAGCAUUCCUCUGGGAGUGGAGUUCAUUGAGCCAAGAUCAGGCUUCUACUGCAAACUGUGUGGAUUGUUCUACAGCAGCGAGGACACUGCAAAAACCACUCACUGCCGCAGCACCGUACACUACAGAAACCUGCAGAAAUACCUGUCCCAGCUGGCAGAGAACGGCCUGUCGAGCGCGCUGGCCGAGCCCUCCGUGGCUCACUGACACCAGCUUGACCCUUGACCUGCAACAGUACGCAGCAGGGGGGAAGAUCUGUGACCAUGUGGAGUUUGUGUGGAGCUACAGAAAGAGGGGGAGAAGAAAAAUCAUGGAUAAUGUGACAAACAGAAGCUUGAAUUUAUUUUUUUGGACUGUUGUGGUAGUUUUUAUUUUACGUUUAAAUUAUACUAAAAUGUCUUGAAUUCUUUGACUUUGUACAUACUUGAAGUGAAUUGUAAAGGAGGUUUACACUGUGGACUGCUUUUAAUGAACUACUGUCUUCCCAGAGUUCUUAUGCAAGUUUUUCUGAAAAAACAAAAAAACAAAAAAGAACAAAAAAACAAACAAUAUUUUUAUUGAUUUAUUUUAUUUUAUUUAUUUUAUUUUUAUUUAUUUUUAUCUUGCUGCAAAAAGUUCAUUGGGAAAUAUGCUAUUUUCUGUUUUAAGUUCAAUCUUAUUAUUAUUAUUAUUAUUAUUAUUAUUAUUAUUAUUAUUAUUAUUAUUAUUAUUAUUAUAUUUAAAUAAAACAGUUAUGUAAGGCUUUUGGCAGAUAUUCUGGUAGCGAUCAUUUGCCAGGUUUGCAGUAAGUGUCCAUAUUUGGUGUGUUGGCUUUGUUUCUUUGUUCUAAAUGCCAUGCAACUUUUGUCCAAAUCAAAUUGUUUCUCAAGGUUGUUUGCAUUUUCUCCAUUCAUUUGUGUUACAGCCUGAGCUCUCAGGGUCAAAAUGUGGGUUUUUUGGUUUUUUUUCCUUUUCUCUCAGUUAAAAGAACAGUAGAACACGUUCUCAGGCUUGUUAUACUUAUCAAAACCUGUUUGUUGUAUAAAUAACAUUUAUAUAUUUACAUCUACAGCUGGAAUUGAAUGUGGCCGACUGCAAAUCUUUCAGGUAAACUCACAUCACUAUAGUUUCCGAUGAUGAAAUUAUGGAAAUGUUUUAUGUUUCAAUACAUUUUUGCUAACGUCUUUGCUUCCUAAGACAAUCCCAGGCUUAUGUGCCAUAUCAUAUGUCUACUGCAGCACAAACAUUAAACUUGACCAUGCUUUUUUUUUUUUUUUUAUGUUCUGUAAGAAGAGUAUCAAGCCAGAAUCUGUUAUUCUCUGGAUGCGGCUGUUGUGAAAUCGGUACUGGUAUUGUUUACAGGGACUGUUUCCACACAUUUGUGAUGCAAAAGGAAAACAUUGCAAAUGUCUAACUAUGUCAACCAUUAUAAAAAUGCAAACAAUCUAAUAAAUCCCAUCACAUGG